GGAAGCAGCUGCAGAGCACAGCCCCGGUUCAACCUUUGCUCAACAUUUCUCCAUUUUUACGGUGAAAGGAAAGAGAAGAUGUAGACGUUGACAGACGGACACACAGACAGACGGACGGACGGCAGGUGAACUCUCUGAAGCUACCGGGGCCGAGGAGGACAGGUGAGCAGAGCAAGAAAAGUGUGGCUGAUAUUUCCACUCGCUCGUGGGAUGAUACAGCUUCUGCCACCACCUCUCACUUGUUACCCUAUCACUCAACGUGUCCCCCUAGUGGAGCUGUGAGGGUCAAUCACCCUCCUGGUCAACAGAGAUAUUCCACCACCUCCCUCAGCUGGGGAGGUGCCUGCUCUGCAACAUCUCCCUCGGAUCACUCUCAUUUUUUAUUUUUACCUGCUGAGGACAAUAUAACACUGAGCAGAGUUUGACUUUACCUGACUUUGUUGAUACAAGAUUUAAAACCUCUGUAGGAUCUUAUAGAAAGUGGAGUUCUUCACCAGCAGGUCACAGACACUGUCCUGUCCCCUGACAUACUGUACAUGUGUGAUAUACUCCUGUCAUCCAUGGCUUCACACUGGAGUUAAUGGUGCCCAGAGCAGGAAACAGGUUUCAUCCAACAGGAAGCAAAUUGAGCCCCGGAGGACGAGUCACUCUUGUCCAAUAAGAGCAAAGCCAGAUGGAACUAUCAUCAAAUGCCACAUUCUCUACACCGACACCGACCACAGCAUUCAAUGAAACAACACCUACAGACAAAUACACCAAUCACAACUGGGAGUUCCUGGUGGCCGUCCUGGUCACAGCCGUCGGUAUCUCCAUCGUCAUCGCCCUCCUGGCUAAAUGUACCGUCAUCCGGCGUUACCUGGCCAGCUACCGGCACACACGGCUGAGGGAGGCGGACACCGUCAGCCAGAUAGAUGCAUCAGGCCUUGACGUUGGGUUCAGGAUGCACGGCGGCCAUGGAGCGAACCCCCACUGUGUCCCUCCCGUGGGCGAGGAGGACGACGACGGCUUCAUCGAGGACAACUACAUCCCGGCCAGCGAGCGAGCGAGGGCGGAGAGAGCAGCCGAGAUCAUGCAGGACACCGAGGAGGAGAUGGACGAGAUUGAAUUCACGAUCGCUUAGUGUCGAGUGUCUCCACUCAGCUGAACCACUAAAUCCACUCCCACCUUUUCUGUAGUUUGUGUUUAUUUCUUUGAGAUUCAUAUUGUCAGUCACAAAAGGGGCAUUUUUGUAAAAUGUAAAAAACGUUCUCAACGUGUGGUCUAAUGACGAGUCACAGUGGUCAUGUUUUAUCUGUCAGCAAAGCGAUGACAGAAACAGUAAAUUAUUUGUUACUUAUUUAUUAGUGAUAAUCAAAGGGAUCAACUGUGAAGGUUUAAAUAGAAAAGAGAUUAACAGGUCUUCUCAUAGACUGUAUAUAAAGAUGGACGACGUGACGACUCCCCAAAAGUGAAGCCAGUGUGUAAUUAGCGCCCUCCGGUGGCUGGCUGCAGGAUAGGCCAUAAACCAGCCUCCUCCAUGUUAGUGGAUGGGAUGUGGGCCAAACUAAUGGUUUCUGUCAAUUUACGAAAGUUCUUAUCACACUGAUGUUUGUGAUCAUGUAAUUGGCACAAAAUGGCAGCGCUCGUAUACAGGGAAUAUUUUGGCUUUGUUUCUUGAUAUCGGGAGGAAGUGGACACACGGCGUCCAUCUUUACAUGCAGCCUACGGGUCAUCUGUGUAUAUAUUAACCAAUCACCUGUGUCUCUUGACAGUUAUCGAUUGGUUGAUUGAUUUUCUGAAGCUGUAUCACAAGUCAUGUACGUUAUGUUGGACGGACGGUCUCAGCAGUGGAACAUUUCACUUUGCACUCUCAUGUUUCCUCAGGGAUAAACACGCAAAUGUGUGUCUACAUGGAUGAAUUAUACAAUGAAUUGAUUAAAAAGCCAUUUUAAUUGCUCAAACUUGAGGAACUCUGACUGGCGAUUAAACUAUGAUUCUUUUUCAAAAA